AUGGCAGACACUCUGAAAGAAUCGUUGGAUAGAUCUAUUUCUGAAAUGUCCUUGCCAGAUUUUGAUCAUAAACUUUUCACUAAUAUAAAUCAAAUUGAUCAAGGAGGGUCAGGAAUAAUAUAUAAAUCCGAUUUUGGAGAUUUCAAAACUGUCGUUCUUAAAAAACUUAGAAUUCUAGAUAAUGAUACUGCUAAAGAAUUUAUUAAAGAGUUUAAACAUCAUAUUUCCGAUAAUUGCCAAAAUGAUAUAAUUCAUCGCCAAAUUAAAGCAAUCCUAAACGAUAACCUUCCUCAUUCGCAAGAUUAUCAAAUUGAAAAUUUAUCCCGAUUAAUAAAUGAAAACUCAAAAGAUUUAGGAACAGCACUAAAGUUUGAUCCGAAUGAUACAUUUACAUUAAAACAAUAUGCAAAAGCUGAUCGUCUAAAGAAUAAUACUAAAACUAAAUUUUUUUAUUAA